AUGUCAUCCACCAUUAGUGCUGCCCCUUUUCUCCUCACUGGCUUUCCAGGUCUGGAGAGAUUUCAUCCUUGGAGUUCUAUCUCCUUUUUUGUCAUCUAUGUCUCUACAGUCCUUGGCAAGCGCACCCUCUUCUUCUUUAUCAGAGAAGACUACACACUUCACGAGCCCAUGUACUACUCUCUGGCUAUAUGCGCCACAGACCUUAGUGUAACUUUGACAACAAUGCCCACUGUGCUUGGCAUUUUAACUGAUCACAGGAAAAUAAGCCAUGGAGCCUGCUUCCUCCAGGUGUGUCUAAUCCACUCCCUUUCUAUUGUGGAGUCCAGAGUGUUACUCGUCAUGGCCCGUGACUGUUUUAUUGGCACCCGUAAUCUCCUGAGAUACACCUCCAUUCUCACCAAUGCUAAGGUGGUGAAGAUAGGUUUGAGGGUUCUAAUGAGGAGAUUUAUUAUGCCAAUUGUGCCCAUAAUCACCACCCUCUCUGGAUUCCCCUACUGUGGAUCCCUUGUCCUCUCCCAUGCCUUCUGCCUGCACCAGGAUGUGAUCAAACUGGCCUGUGCAGACUUUACCUUUAAUAGACUUUAUCCUAUUGUCCUGUUCUCAUCAACUGGUUUCUUGGACUUUGUGCUUAUCCUUAUCUCUUACAUUCUGAUCCUUGAGAAGGUCAUGGGAAUUGCCUCAGGCAAGGAGCAGACUAAGGCCCUAAAUACUUGUAUUUCUCACAUUAGCUGUGUUCUGGUUUUUUAUGUCACUGUGACUGGGCUAACCCUCAUUCAUCGAUUUGGAAAAAAUGUUCCACAUGUAGUUCACAUUAUCAUGAGCUAUGUCUGCAUUGUCUUCCUCCCAUUUAUAAAUCCAAUAAUCUAUAGUACUAAGACCAAGCAGAUACAGAAUGGCAUCAGUCGCCUUCUGUCUUUUCACAGAAUUUGA